AUGACGGUUGUGAGGAAUGAAAAAAAUGAAUUAAUACCUACUCGCACCGUCACCGGUUGGAGGAUGUGUAUUGAUUAUCGGAGGUUGAACUUGGCAACAAGGAAGGAUCAUUUUCCUCUUCCAUUCAUGGAUCAAAUGCUAGAAAGGCUUGCGGGGCAAGCUUAUUAUUGCUUUUUGGAUGGCUACUUCGGGUACAAUCAGAUUGUUGUGGACCCGGCAGGUCAAGAGAAGACGACGUUUACAUGCCCAUUUGGAGUAUUUGCUUACCGAAGGAUGCCGUUUGGACUAUGCAAUGCACCGGCUACGUUUCAGCGGUGUAUGCUAUCUAUUUUUGCUGAUAUGAUGGAGAACUCAAUUGAGAUGCAUAAGUACCAAUUUAGUUUUGAAUUGGGAAAAAUGUCAUUUUAUGGUUAA